AAGAAUAAUAUAUCUGUCUAUAAGAAAUAAAUGUGCACAAGGCCUUUGUCUGCCCCGCGCUGUCUCUGUUAGGGAUAUUCUUCCCCCCCCGCCCCCCCGUGCUGUGUUUUUGGGAUGCGGCGAGGGCACGGGGCCCUUCCUUUCUUCCUGCCCUACAUAGCAGGGCUGGCCUGGCACUGGCUGCACUCCGGGCGGGGGGCCAGUGGCCCCAUGUCCCUGCAGGCUGCCCGCACUGUCCCCAGCCCUGCUGGCACAUGGGGGCACGUGGCAGCUGCCUGCUGCCCCAUGUCACGAGCGUGGGGGGUCUCAGCUGUGUCCCCACGUGUCACCAUCACGGGCUCUCAGCAGCCGUGUCCUCUGCUGUCAUGAGUGUGGGGGGUCUCAGCUCUAUCCCCUCAUGUCAUGAGGUGGGGAGGGGUCUCAGCUGUGUCCCCACAUGUCACAGCCGUGGGGGAGCAGGUCUCAGCCAUGCCCCUCUGUGUCACACACGUGGCAGUCUCCGCUGUGUCCCCACUUGUCACGAGUGGAGGGGAUCUCAGCUGCGUCCCCACGUGUGACGAGCACAGGGGUCUCAGCACCAAGGUCCCCACAUGUCACAAGUACGUGGGGUCUCGGCGACCCCAAAUCCCUUCCCCACCUCCUCGCUGGCAUCCCGUCCCCGUGCCUGUCCCCAAGCACUGUCAGCUCCCGUGUCCUCCCCUGCCCCUGCCACCGCCGGGGCCCCACGGCUGGCAGCGACCUCUGUCCCCGGGCAGGGCUGGCCGCGGGUGCCCACGGCAUCACGUGGAGCAGCACCAGCACAGCCACGGCCAGAGGCCGCCGGAGCCGCGCCGGGAGCAGCCACGGCAGCAAGGUACGGACAGGAGGGCUUGGGGUGGUGCUGGGAUGGCCGUGGUGGAGCUGGUGGGGAAACUGAGGCACGGGGCCCUCCCCAAGGGAUGUCAGCUUCUGCCACUGAUCCUGUAGGGACAGGGAGAGCCUCAUCUCAGUGCCAGGUGGCACUGUCUCCAUGCUCCUGACCCCAAGUCCUGGCCCUGCCUGUCCCACUGUCCCGGUCCUGUGGGUCCUAGUCCCAUAGGUCCGUGCUCCAGGUGAUUCUCUACCCCGUGUUCCAGGUAUCCAACUCCCAGGUGUCCCCCGUGUCCCUGUUCCCAUGUUCCUAGGUAUUCCUGGCCCAGGUGUCCUUCUGCCAUGUGAUCCAGGUGUCCAACUCCCAGGUGUUCCUGUCCCAACUCUCCCUGUCCCCAGGUGUCUCUGUUCCCAGUGUCCCAGCUGUCCCAAUCUCCAUGUGUCUCAGUCCUCGGUGUCCCUGUCCCCAGGUGUCACAGACCCAAGUGUCCUUGACCUGGAUGUUCCUACUCCCGUUGCCCUAUGUGUCCUUGUCUGAGGAGUCCUGACCCAGGUGUUCCAUGUGUCCCAGUCCUAGAUGUCCCAGUCCCAAGUGUCCCAACUCCCAGUGUCCCAUGUGUUCUUGUCCCAGGUGCCCUAUCCCCCAGUGUCCCUAUUCCCAACCUUCCAGGUGACCGACCUGCGAGGUGACCCAAGUGUUCCAUGUGUCCCAGCAUCAGGUGUCCCUGCCCCCCCAGUGUCCCAGUUUCCAAUCUUCCAGGUAUCCCAGUAUUAGUGUCCCAAGUGUCCCUCACCCAGGUGACCCAGGUAACCCAGGUGUCCCAACAUAGCAGGUCCAUAUCCCCCAGUGUUCCUGUUCUCGAUCUUCCAGGUGUCCCUGUCCCUAGGUGUUCCUGUUCCUAAUGUCACAGCUGCUUCUGUCUCCUGGUAUCCCAAACCCAGGUACCCCUGAACCAGGUGACGCAGACGCUCCAGCUGUCCUUGUCCCAGAUAUCCCUGCUCCCAGACUGCCAGCUGCCUCACCCAUCCCACCGGGACCCCCCAGCACCCCCACCCCCACUCCCUCAGCUUGCAGGUUGAGCGUGGGGGCCGGCCACCCCACAACCCCCCCAAAAGUGCCCCCAGAAGCGCAACCAUGUGGCUGGGUGCCCGCCUGGACGCGCUGCCCACCCCGGCGCUGACCGUCGACCGCGCCACGGCACGGCGCAACGCUGAGCGCAUGCGGGAGCGCUGCCGGACCCUGGGCGUCCGCCUGCGGCCCCACGUCAAGACCCACAAGACGCUGGAGGGCGGUUUGCUGGCCACCGGAGGCACGCGCCGCGGCAUCGCCGUCUCCACGUUGGCCGAAGCGCGUUUCUUCGCGGACGGCGGCUUCGAUGACAUCCUGCUGGCCUACCCGCUGCCCACCGCGCGUCUGGAGGAGUGCGCGGGGCUGGCGCAGCGCCUCGAUGCCUUCCACAUGCUGCUGGACCGCCCCGAGGCGCUGGCCAGCCUGCGGCAGCGGCCGCUCGCCCAUGGCAAGCGCUGGCUCGUCUGGCUGAAGCUUGACUGCGGCAACGCCAGAGCUGGCAUGCGCCCGACGGACCCCGCUGCCCUGGACCUGGCCCGGGCCAUCGCCAGCGAUGCACCUGAGGAGGUGACAUUGGUCGGGGUCUAUGCUCACUGCGGGAACACCUAUGGCUGCAGCGGGGCGGAUGCCAUCCAGGCCAUCGCCAGGGCCACCACCAACGCUGUCCUCGGCUUUGUGGCUGCGCUGCGCCAGGCCGGUGUGCCCUGUCCCCACGCCAGCAUCGGCUCCACUCCAUCCUGCAGCCACCCCGUCUCCGAGAUGUCCCAACUCACCGAGCUGCACCCGGGCAACUACAUCUUCUACGACCUGCAGCAAACGCAGCUGGGCUCCUGCCAACCCCAGGACGUGGCCAUCCGCGUCCUCACGCGGGUCAUCGGGCACUACCCGCACCGGGGCCAGCUGCUGGUGGACUGCGGCUGGGCAGCGCUCAGCCUGCACGGGGCGGGACGGGGCCCCCAGGGCUGUGCCGCCAUCGAGGGGCACCCUGAGCUGCGGUUGGCGGGGCUGACGCAAGAGCACGGGCUGCUGGAGCACGCCGGCGGGAGGAUGGAUUUUGGGCAGUUCCCGGUGGGCAGCGUGCUGGCGCUCAUCCCGUACCACGCGUGCGCCACGGCGGCCAUGCACCCCGUGUACUACGUGCACGAGGAGGGGCAGGUGGUGGCCCUAUGGCACCCGGUGCGCGGCUGGUAGGGCCCCAUCCCGCUGCCCAUUACGAGGUCCUGUGCCCACCGUGAGGUCCUAUACCCAUAACGAGGUCCUGUGCCCACCGUGAGGUCCUACACCUACACCGAGAUCCUGCAGCCACAUCGAGAUCUUGCAACCCUGCUGAGAUCCUUGUGCCCAUCACGAGAUCCUGCAGCCAUGCCGAGGUCCUAUGAGCAUCACGAGGUCGUGAAGCCGUGAUGGGACCCUACACCUGCCCUGAGAUCCUAUGCCUACGUCAAGAUCCUGAGACCACACUGAGAUCCUAUGAGCCUAGUGAUGUCCUGCAUCCAUGCUGAGACCCUAUGCCCAUCCAAAGGUCCUACACCUUCACCAAGAUCCUACACUCAUGCUGAGAUUCUACACCUACACCAAGAUCAUGGCGGCAUAGAAUGGCUUGGGUUGGAAGGGACCUCAAGGAUCUUCAAGUUCCAACUCCCCUGCCACAGACAGGGCCACCAACCUCCACAUCUAAUACCAGACCAAGCUGCCCAGGGCCCUAUCCAGCCUGGUCUUGAACACCUCCACGGAUGGAGCAUCCACAACCUCUCUGGGCAGCCUGUGCCAGCACCUCAAGAUCCUACACCCAUGUUGAGAUCCCACACCCACGCUGAGAUCCUGUACCCAUUACAAGGUCCUGCAUCCACGCUGAGAGCCUCCAUACGUAAUGAGAUCCUAUCCCCACUGUGAAGUCCUGCAACCGUGCUGACAUCCUAUAUCUACACCAAGAUCCUGCAACCACGCUGAGAUCCUAUACCCAUAAUGAUCAUGCAUCCCUGCUGAGAUCCUACAACCACACUGAGAUCCUGCACCUCUGUCAAGAUCCUGCACUCACGCUGAGAUCCUGUGACUGUAACCAAGCCCUGCAUCCGUGCUGAGAUCCUACACCCAUCCCAAGGUCCUACACCCAUACCACAACCCUCUACUCCCACUGAGAUCCUACAGCCAUGCUGAGAUCCUGUGCCGACACCAAGGUCCUGCACCCACGCUGAGCUCCUACACCCCCGCCGAGACCCUAUAUUCACCCUGAUGUUCUGCACCCACCUCCCCAGGAGGGCUCAAUAAAGUCGCUUUUCCCAUUUCCA